AUGCUUCCUCAGUCCGUUCUCAUCACUCUCGUUCCCUUUGUAGUGGCUGGUCCCAUUGCAGUUCGACAGAGUCUCGGCUCUGGACUUGGCUCCGGUCUUGGUUCAGGUCUUGGAGGAGGACUUCCCAGUAUUCCUGGACUUGGAUCUGGUGACUCCACUGGUGGUCUCCCCAGUCUCCCCGGUCUUGGAUCUGGAGGCUCCGCUGGCGGACUUCCUAGCCUUCCUGGACUCGGAUCUGGCUCCGGUGGCUCUGCCGGCGGCCUUCCCACUCUCCCUGGCCUAGGCUCUGGAGGUUCAUCCGGUGGUCUCCCCAGCAUUCCCGGACUCGGAUCCGGAGGUUCCACUGGUGGUCUCCCAAGCCUUCCCACAGGCCUUCUCGGUGGUGGUUCAGGCCUUCUUCCCGGAGGCUCAGCUGGAGGUGACGGCUCCAGCGACUCUCCCAGCAGCGCCCCCGCUGCCGCUCAACCUACACCCGCGCCUGCGCCUGUGCCUGCACCCGCAGACUCUACCAACGCCGCGAGGGAUGCUGCUGAUUCUCCCUUUGGCAACUUCUUGGGAGGAUCUUCCGGUGGAAGCACUGGCGGUCUCGGUGGCCUUGGUGGUCUCGGUGGAAGCACCAGUGGCUCUACCCAGAACGGCCUCAGCGGCGAGUGCAAGGACGUAACUGUCAUCUUCGCCCGUGGCACCUCCGAGAUGGGCAACGUCGGCACCGCUGCCGGACCUCCCUUCUUCGCCGCUCUCUCCAAGCAGCUCGGAGACGACAAGGUGGCUAUCCAGGGUGUUGACUACUCCGCCAGCAUUGCUGGCAUCAUGCAGAUGGGUGACAAGGCUGGUUCUGCCAAGAUGGCGAGUCUCGUCGAGGAGGCUGCUAAGAAGUGCCCCAACACCAAGAUCGUCAUGUCUGGAUACUCGCAGGGUGCCAUGCUGGUCCACAACGCGGCCAAGACCAUCCCCGCUGCGACUGCCCAGAAGGUUGCUGCCGUUGUCAACUUCGGCGACCCUUUCCAGCGACAGGCUAUCCAGGGCGUCGACGCUGACCGUGUUAAGAUCAUCUGCCACGCUGGCGAUGGUGUCUGCGCUGGUACUGCUGCCAUUACCCCUGAGCACUUGACCUACAGCCAGGACGCCACUGCUGCUGCUGAGUUUGUUGUUAGCAAGGUCGGCAAAUAA